CUGUGGGAGGUGGUAUAAAACAGACUUGUCUGUGUUCGAGCAGAGUGUGCUAUACCUGUUCCCGGCAGCACCAGCUCCUGCCAGCAGAAAUGGUACUCCACACCAAAAGCCGGGAAUGCCUGGCAGUGCCCGGUCAGGAGAGACUGCAGGUCAACAUUCUCAUCCUGGGUGCAGAGAGGGUUGGCAAGUCUGCCCUCGCCGUCCGCUUCCUCACCCGGAGAUUCAUCGGGGAAUACGGCGAUAUCGAGACCAUUUACACUCACAACGUGACGAUCGACCGUGCGGAGACUCGCUUUCACAUUUGGGACUGUCUGAACCUCCAGCCGAGCGAACAGCAGAUGCGCUGGGCCGAUGGUUUCGUCCUGGUCUACAGCAUCCUAGACCGGCAGAGCUUCGAGGUGGCGCGUCGGCAGCUGGCGUGGCUCCGGGGCAGUGCCCGGGCCACCGUGGUGCUGGCGGGCAACAAGAGGGACCUGUGCCACCGGCGGGAGGUGUCGGUGGAGGAAGGGCGCCUCCUGGCGCUGGGCAGCGGCUGCGCCUUCCUGGAGGUCUCAGCUGCCGAAGGCUACCACGGGGUCCUGCUGGUCUUCCGCCAGCUGCUGGCUGCGGUGCAGGAGGCCAGAGCAGUGCCCAAACGGGCAGCCCGGCUCCGGGGCAUCGUCCGCAGCGUCUCUGCCGUGUUCGGGGGCAAGAGGCGGGUGGACUAACGGAAGAAGAAGCAGCACGGAGAGGCCACUCAGCCCGCCUCUUUGCCAGACUAUCCCAUCUGUUUCUACUCUCCAUCCUCGUCAAUCCCCUCAACCCCUUGGACAAUAGGACGGUAUGAAAUGGGGACAGGGGAGGCCACUCAGCCCACCUCUUUGCCAGACUAUCCCAUCUGUUUCUACUCUCCAACCUCGUCAAUCCCCUCAACCCCUUGGCUCAUCGGACAGUAAGAAAUGGGGACAGGAGGAGGCCACUCAGCCCGCCUCUCCGCGAGACUAUCCCAUCUGUUUCUGACUCCAUCCCCGACAACCCCUCAACCCCCUUGGCCAAUCAGAUGGUAAGAAAUGGCCAUAGGAGGAGGCCAUUCGUCCGACCUCGCUCAGGGCUGAUCUGACAUCCCCUCCCGCCCAAUUUCCUGCCCCUUCCCCCACCCCGGGUCACUGUGAUUCGAUCCAAACACACGCUCAGGAAUGGUUUGGAUUAGAUGGGCCAAGUGGGGGUGAAAGUGGACGGACACAUUGGUCGGCACGGACCAAUUCGGACCGAAGGGCCUGUCUCUGGCUCAGCCGCUCAGGACAUGGCCCCCAGACACCAUUUGGCCUUCACCAAGCUGUGAUGCCACCCAAGGUCAACAAGCCGGACACCCGAGGGACUGUCUGCCCCUUUCAGCAGCAGUGAUACGUUGAACUCACUUCGGAGAAGUUAACCCCUUGAACAGCCGACAAAAUUGUGUUGUAGCAAUUGUUGUGGAUAUUGUAAAUGAUGUUCAUUUUGUUAACUGAUGUAAAUCUCUAUUUAAGAUGGUAAUCAUUUGUACAUAUUUCUCACGGUGUCAAUGUGCUCCGUAAUUGGCCUGUAAUAAAUGCACUGCUCUGUUA